AUGAAGCCUCACAAAGUAUCCGAGACUCUACAACAGCUGGCAGGGAGGACCAUAUCCAACAUGGCAUGCAUCUUGCAAGUGCAUGCCUGCGUCGUCGUCAUUGAUCCUCCAAUAGACGUGGACGCCGAGCUGCGAGCUGCACAUCAAAGACUGACGAGGGGGCACGAUUUGAGCUGGGGGGGUGGGGGUGGGGUUGGGGGUGGGGGUGGGGUGGGGUGGGGUGGGGGUGGGGGUGGGGGUGGGGGGGGGGGGGGUAAAAGCCCGCCCGGGCCGGCCUCCAAGCGGGUGAGGACUGCGUACACCAGCGCGCAGCUGGUGGAGCUGGAGAAGGAGUUCCACUUCAACCGCUACCUGUGCCGCCCGCGGCGCGUGGAGAUGGCGAACCUGCUGAACCUGACCGAGCGCCAGAUCAAGAUCUGGUUCCAGAACCGGCGGAUGAAAUACAAGAAGGACCAGAAGUCCAAGGGGAUCAUGCACUCGCCCCUCGCGCACUCCCCGGACAGGAGCCCGCCCCUGAACGGCCCGAGCCACGUGGGCUACGCCGCUCAGCUGCCGAGCGUCAACGGCCUCGGCUACGACGCGCCGUCGCCGCCGCCGCCGCCGCCGCCCUUCGCCAAGGCCCAGCAGAACAUGUACGGCCUGGCCGCCUACACGGCGCCGCUGGGCGGCUGCCUCCCGCAGCAGAAGCGCUACCCGGGCCCCGAGUACGAACACCACGGCAUGCAGGGCAACGGCGGCUUCGCCGGCGCCAGUUUACAGGGCAGCCCCGUUUACGUCGGGGGGAAUUUUGUCGACUCUAUGCCGGCCUCGGGCCCCAUAGGGCUGCUGCUGCUGCUGCACACUGACGCCUACAAAUCAUCCCGGGGCUCCAGUUGA